AUUGUUCUCUGUGAAACGAAAUUGAAUGAGUGCUUCCAUGGCGUUAGCGCCAAGCUUAAAUCACAGCCCCAGGUUUCCACCAUGGAACGGAUCAAAGAUCGUGGCCUGCUCAAACUCAAUCAACCCUCCGAUAAAUUCCACCAGUUUCCAAUCAUCCUCCGUCGCGAAACGCUGCUUACGGUGCCAUACCGUUUACUCGGAUGUCGAUAAUUCUCCUUCCGCUUGCGUCUUCCAUGGCCACAUCACUGGGGAGAGGGGGUUGUUUGCUUUGUCGCCCCCGCACCAGGGGAUUGACGGUGAAUGGAGUGACGGCUCCGGUGUGAUCGUUUAUAAAUGGAAUGAUAAAUCAAAUCGUCCUAACUCCGGAACUGGCAACUGGAAGAGACGGUGGAGUUGUUGCUCCGAGUACGAUGAACGUGCACCUCCUUGCCGUCGGGGAUGGCACGUUUCUUACGACGAUGGGUUCACUUUGUAUUAAUAGAAUAGAGUGUCGUCUCUGCCAAUAAUUAAUGGCAUUUGUAUAAACCGUAAGAUUGAUGGCAUUCGUAAAUUGCUUGAAUGUUAUAAGAAGUGUAUUGUAAAGUGUAAAUUGCUGGGAUGUUAUGAAAAUUAUAUUACAAACAGAUUUCAAAUA